AACAACUUCCUAGAGAUAGAAGCACAGAAUCCUAUUCUUAUCUGGCCAAUUUUAGGCUAAUUGACUCCAAAUCCAAAACGGACCCAGAAAGUUGGGUAAUUUUCUUCAAGUAAGCAUCAACACUUCAUUCACACAUAAAAUAUCGUCAAUGAAUUAGUAUUGAGUAGUGAAAAUCAUGAUUGUUGCAAUUUCAAAUAUGUCAUUAACUGGUUAACAGAUUUUUUUAGAGAAAAACAAUUGAAGCAUAAACAAAUUAGCAAUGAACCCUAACUUGAAUCAAAUUCUUAAUUAUCAACUAAAUUAUAACAUUCUCCGUCCCUAGUUCUAAUUCCCAGUGUCCUGUAUAUAUAUGUAAAAGAGUUAAAUCAGAAUCAAGUGUUGUAAUCUCCGAAGAGUCAAGGAGAAGAAUUUGUUGUAGAAACUAAUGGGUUAAGUUAUAACUAAUUUCCAGCAAACAAUGUAAAAACUGUGUCUAAAAUGAAAAAGUAAACUACCAAGGAACUCUUUGCUUUCUUCAAACAAUGUAAUCUCUUUGACAAUUAACACAAUGAUACACGAACGAGCUGUUGGAUUGUGGGACCUUAUCCCCUCAGGCGAGGUCAGUUGUCUCUUUCUAUUUUGUUGCCUGGUGGUUGCGAUUCUCCUAGGCUCCAAUCAGGGGAAGCUCUGAUUUAGAAAGCGCUAAUCGAACCGUUAAUCGUGUCCACCUCCUCCUCUUGCUCUACAAUGGUCGACGGUUGAGCGGCGGCAAUCAAAGGUCUGCGGGCAGUGAGCUUGUGGAUGACAGAGUACAACAGGAUUUUUAAGGUUGUGGCGGGGAAUGAAAGGACAAAAGAGGA